AUGCGCCUAAAAUUCAUUUUAUUCUGUAUAUUAUCUACAAUUCUCGUUGAUUUUACUGGCUCAGAAGCUGUUAAAGACAAGAAAUGCUCGAGGAAUAGCAUCAAUUUGGGUCGUUUAAUUGACACUCUGCUAACCGAUUACGAUGUUCAUUUACUUCCACAAGCCGAAGGUGUCAAUGUGACAAUUGAACUGCACGUUCAGGGGGUCUCGGGAAUUUCGGAAAUCACUGGCGAUUUUUCGCUGGAUGUGAUGUACAGCGAAAUUUGGCAAGAUCCUCGAUUGGCAUUCAAACAUUUAAAUGUGUGCGCCACAAAUAUCACGCUCAAGUCAGAUUUUCGCAAAAAAAUCUGGACACCCGACACGUGUAUAAUCAACAGCAAAUCGAGUUCGAUUCAUUCGUCGCCUAGCGAAAAUACAUUUGUGAUUUUGUAUGAGAAUGGUCUCGUGUGGAGUAAUUUCAGGCUUAACGUUAAAACACCAUGCAGUGUUAAUUUGAAAAUGUUUCCCUUUGACUCAUUAUCGUGUGAAAUUGUACUCGAAAGUUAUUCAUUCAACACCGAUGAAGUUCGAUUGAUGUGGCACGAUGUGCCGAUAACAAUGAUGGAAAAAGUGGAACUUCCCGAUUUUGAUUUGAUCGGAUGGUCAACCGAUCACCAACGAUUAGAAUAUCCUAAUGGAAUAUGGGAUCGAGCAAAAGUCAAAUUCACAUUUGCUCGAAGAUACGGCUUCUACCUAUUCCAAUCAUAUUUCCCAACCAGUCUAACAGUCAUUUCCUCUUGGGUUGGAUUCUUUUUCGACGUUCGAUCAGUUUCUGCGAGGAUUACAUUGGGAGUCUCAUCUCUUCUUGCGUUAACAUUCCAAUUUGGCAACGUGCUUCGCCAUUUGCCACGUGUUAGCUACAUCAAAUGUCUCGACGUUUGGAUGAUUUUUUCUGUGAUCUUCAUUUUUUGCACUCUCGUCGAGCUCGCAAUCGUCUGCCAACUCAACAGAUGGGAACGUGAACGACAAAUCGGCUCAAAAGUGUUGGGCCAUUGGCUGAAUCAAAUUCGCAAAACUCGCAAGAAGGAUAUAAAAGAGGAUCCAAAUAAUGGAGGGGUGCGAAAAAGAAUUCCGGUGUUAGCAUCGAUCAAAUCCAGCGAUUCGACGAAUGUAACGAACACAACUUGCGAGGCGACAAAGAAUUCCAACAAUUUCUCAUCGAUAGAAAAUGAGACGUUCGCUUAUGAGAAGAAAACGGGAUUCGGCCACCGAAUUCAGCGGCUUGUCUAUUCAAUUUGUCCGCCGGAUCGAGAUUGGACUAUUACUAGUGUACAGGUCGAUCGUUGCUCAAUGAUCAUGUUUCCAUUGUCAUUUCUCAUAUUUAAUAUUGUUUACUGGUCAAUCUACUUUAUGAAAAUGGAUCGCCCAAUGUAG